AGGGGAGGUGUGUAGGUGUCAACAACACAGGUCCAAGGGGGACGGGCAGCAGCAGCCAAACGACAUAUUUGGGGCUUGGAUGCACUAGCUACUGCUAAAUAUGUCUAUAUCAGAUCCCUUGAUUAAGGAGCUAAAAGGCCAUAUCCUUGAAGCUACUAAGGCAAGCUGUAAUGGGGGUGUAUUGGACACUCAACCAUUUCUUCUGCCACUCUGUCAAGUGUUGGAGGCAAUUUUUCGUAAAGGAUUAAAUAAUGCUGUCCAUUCUGCAUUUGGCCUCACUAAACGUGAUUACUGGUCUUGGGUGGAGAGAACUGCUCAUACAUCUGCUGGUCUAAAAGGCACUUACAAGUCUACAGUGGAAACUGUUGCAAGCAACCAAUGUGUUACAACACCACAAGGCCGUGGACGGCUCUUUAUAAGACACGCUCUUAAAUCCAAGUGUCUACAUGUUCCAGUUGAAACUGUUGUACGAAUGAGAUGCAAUGAUGGUGUUUAUGAUGAAGAUUCCAUUAUUGGUAACGAGAUACUGGGUGAGAUCUUCCUGAGCCUCCUCUACCAGUGCUCACACAUUGACUUUGACUUGAAGCUUGAAAAUGCAUCAUUUCUGGAUGAAACUUGGCAGCUGCCAGUCUGCCAAGAAUAUGAACUGGUUCCUUGUAUGGAUUUAGGGAUUUAUCUUGGUCAUGUGAACGGAAGAGCAGUUGUGGUCAAGGUGGAAGAAGGAAGCGUUGCUGCUGAGGAUAAUAAGAUUGAGAUUGGAGAUGUAAUAGAUGAGGCUUUUGGCAUUUGCAUCAAUGGGUGGCGACGAGGUCGUGUAUCAUCUCUUUUGCGACAGAAAAGGGGGCUUCCAGUAUCAUUAAAGGUUAUCAAAGGUCACUAUUCUAAUGGUUCUGUGUUUCCUGGAGUGGUGCCUCUCCUUCGACGUCUCCAUUUAGAUGUGGACAGUCUUCAGGAACAGUUUCGAGAAGUUGCUUUGGCGGAAAAUCAGGAGACAUCACUAAUUAGUAAUCAAAUUGGGGGACAGGCAGUGCAGUACUUGGGUAGUGUGUCUGUGGGUGGCUGUGGAGAUGUGUCACAGAUUGAACACGCUGUUACUGCAGUUUCCAGUCAAAACAGGCAACCUGUAGGCGUUUUACUAAUCACUGGUGAAAUUGGUGUCCAGACCUUGCUAAGAACUAACAGAAAGAUGAUCCUGAACCAUAGUUAUACUGAAAUAUCAUCGUGCGGCAGAAGGAAUGACAUGACGGAUUAUUUUGCUUAUAUUGCUGGGGAUACCAGCUGCUCUAUAUCAUCCCACUUCACAUGUUAUGUCUUUAGGGCAGCAACAGUGGAACAGUCAAGAGACAUCCUUUUAACUCUCGCGGAUGGAUUCCAUAGAACACACUGGGCUGUGUAAAAGAAGACAGGAUUUGAUACAGGGUAGUACAAAAAUUAUUAUUCCACCAGCUGUUUUAUAUCAGGAGUGUGUGUGUGUGACAUUUGCUGCAGGGAGAGUUAUAAGAGAUGUGAAGUACUGGAAGCUCUAGCGAGAUGCUUUAUGUUAACCUUGCAACAUAACUGGUAUGUGAACAAUUAUUUGAGGGUUUAGUAUAUAAAUUAUUUGAUGGUUUAGUAUACAUGUGUAACAUUAAAACAGUUGUAGCUGUGCUGUAGAGUGUAUGGUUUGUGUAUGUUUAUAUCUUUGUAUAUUUUGGUGUACAACUUAAAUUUUUACCCAUAAGCUUUUCAGGUAAAUGAUAGAAGUACUGUACUUUUACACUGCACACAGAAAUCACAAUGGCGUGAUGCAUCAAAUGAACAAAUCCACAAGGGCCGUGAUGAGGGUUUGAACCUAUAUCCGAGAGGAUCCCAGACCUUGUGGAUUUGUUCAUUUAUUGUACCUUUGUUAAAGGACUGUCAGACUUUAGGAUACAUCCUCAGGAUUUUCAUUUGUAGCUCGAAUUCCACAAACAAGUAUAGAUACAGAACAUUCCAUAUCAAAUAUGAUAUCUUAAUAAACUUUUACAAAUUCUCCAAACCAAAUACAAAUCCCUACCACCCCCUCCCUCAAAAAAAAAAAAAAAAUGCUCAAGUCUAUUUGGUAUUUGUAAAUUAUCACCAUAUUGUUGUGAAGUGUAUAAUACAUUCAUUGUAUUUAGUUUGCAGUUGCAUUAUACUUUAUUGAAGUUUGUGUGUGUGUGUUCUGCUAGGUAGUACUGUAAUAUAUAAAUAGGGCUGGUUGACUUGCAUAGCAUUACUAUACUAUAAUCUCAGUGAAGAACUAUUAAAUUUGCAAAAUAUCUGAAAUACUGUAUGAAGAUUAUAAUUCCAUACAAGCAACAGUAACUUAGUUGAAAAGACAUUAUCUUCAAUAACGUUUCACUUGUAAGAGCUUAAUUAAAUCCAGGAGGCUUAUAGAACAGAUGAAUUAUCUCUAACAUGUUCUUCAGCCACCAAAAGCCCAGCUUGACUAAUUUAUUAGUUCUAGGACAACAGAAUAGCAAUCAAACAAGAGAUUUAUACAAGCUGUUAUGAAUAGAGUAUCUGAUUCUAAAAGAGGAUAUGACUGACUAUCAAGGAAAGUCAGUCAGUAACUUUUGACAAUGUUCCUCACACAAGACUUAUGCAGGCUAGAGAAGCAGGCUGGCAUACCAAGAGGAGGACUAUAUUGGGUCAAAGAAUAUAUUUUAGGAUGGAAGCAAAUGGGCAGUUAGAGAGAUACAGUACUAGAAAAACAAAAGUACCUCAAGAGUCGAUAAUAGGGCCCAUCCUGUUCCUGACAUACUAUACAUAAAUGAUCUAACAGAAAAUAAGUUCAUUCAUAUCUAUGUUUACUGAUAAUGCAAAACUAAUGAGUAGGAUUUGAACAACUGCAAUACAUUGCAUAAUACAUUAGUCGUAGCAAAGGUCUGUGAAAUGGUUUCUGGGCUUUAAGUUAGAUAAAUGAAAAGUUAUGAGGAUGGGCAUAGGAGUGAGAAAAUAACAAAUACAGUUCAAAAUGAAUGGAAGGCACCUUCCCAUUUCAGCAAGAGAUAUAUAUUUGGAAGUUGACAUAACUCUAACUAACACCAGAGGCACACAUUAGCACCAUAUCACUAACUAACACCAGAGGCACA